AUGGAGGAGCAAUCUGAAGCAGCAAAGGAAGUAGUAAUCAACAUGGAAAAUGCUGAAGGACUUCAUUAUGAACAUCCUGUUGAGGAAUCACCAACUCCAAGAAAAGACCAAGAAAUACAAGAAGAGACCCCCAAGAUACCAAAGGUUCCAGAGAAAAAUCAAGGACCACCAGCACCUAUCGACAACACCAAUGAAGGAAUGGAAGGAUCACCAGCAGCUAUUGACAAAAACAAUGAAAGACCUCCUGAUCUCCCUCCUGAGCUUUAUUUCAUGAGCGAUGACGAUGAAUCGUUAACUCCAAGAAGCAACCAACAACCAGGAGGACGCAAGAUACCAAAGGUUCCAGAGAUGCUUCGUAAUCUUAAAAAAGAUGAAGAUUGCUUUUAUCCUAGAGUGGUUUCCAUCGGUCCUUAUCACCAUUUGGAACCGCACCUCCUACAAUUUAUGGAACUCAAGAUUAAACUGGCAAAAAGAUAUUGUGGAAAUCGUGCUGGAAUCGUCGAUUUAUACAAGAGAGUCCAAGCCGUUGCCGGAACAGCAAGGGAAUUCUAUAAUAUGGAACGAUUAAAUGAUAUUUUGGAUGAUGAGGCAUUCACAACAAUGAUGUUUCUUGACGGUUGCUUCAUUCUAGAGUUUAUCAUGUGGUUGCUGCGGGUAGAGUAUUAUGAUAUAGGGAUGAAUAAUAAUGAGAUAGCUAAUGUCAAGCGAGACUUGUUCUUGUUAGAGAACCAACUCCCUUACAUUGUUCUCGAGAAAUUAAUGGAGGGCCAUAAAGAAUACAGCUUACAUAAAUGGAAGGAGAAGAUUGAAAAUUUCAUCACUAUGUGUCGAAGACUUCCUCCUGAAGUCAAACCAUGGAUGACUGGUGCUAGUAAUUAUUUGUUCUCGUCACUACGAAAACAGGAGGAGAUAUUUAAAAAUUUGAUCACAACCUGUGCAGGACUUCCCCCUGCAGAACAAGGAAUUCAACGUCCUCUUCAUCUUCUCGACAUGACGAGGACAAGAUUUGUGAAACCAAGGGCUACCUUCCCUUCUCGACGUCAUCGGGUGUGGGAUAGGAUAGUAGAAAAGGUGCGCCACUGUAUGGGAAUCCGGUCCACCCAAAGUGCUACCAGUGAUUGGUACUCCUAUCAAUCAGCCAGGGUGCUCAAUUCUAUGGGAAUCCGGUUCAGACCAAACAAAACAGGUAGUUUUAGCGAUGUCAAGUUUGAAUCUCAACUGUUCAUCAGGGGAGUGCUCACACUUCCUUUAAUACUCAUAGAUGCCUCCACCAAACCCCUGCUGCUCAACAUGUUGGCUUUGGAAUCAAGCUGUAAAAACUUGAAGUACAAGCUUGGUGUCACCUCUUAUAUGUGCUUCAUGGACUCACUUAUUGACAAUGCUGACGAUGUGAUGAUCCUAAGAUCCCAGAACGUCAUCGUCAAUUGCUUGGGAACCGACCAAGAUGUAGCAGAUCUAUUUAACGACAUAGCAAUCCAUUUGGUCCCAGACCCUCAUAUGUAUGCCGAAGCUAAGCGUGGAAUUCAAAAGUAUUGCGAUUGCAAGUUCGACCAAUGGAUGGCAGAAUGUUACAACACCCACUUCAGAAGCCCUUGGACGCUUCUUGCAUUAUGCGCUGCCAUUUCUGUCAUCUUGCUCACUGCGGCUCAGACUUUUCUGGCAGUAUGGCAGCUCAAAAAUUGA